UCCUUCCAGAAGCUUCUGGGCCUUAUUUUGUUGCCGUGCGUAGGACGGAACCUUCCUGAUAAGAACGAAACGACGAGACGACGCUCGCUUUCCCCUUACCGAGCCGCCGACUUUCCUCCUCCUCGUCCUCAGCGUCGCCGUCGCGCUCUUCUUCACCGUUUAGGAAGCGGGCCAAAAUGGGCGAAUGGGAUCUUCUGGGCCGCCUGCUGGACAAAGUGCAGUCGCACUCCACCGUCAUCGGGAAAGUCUGGCUCACGGUUCUCUUCGUCUUCCGCAUCCUGAUCCUGAGUACGGGCGCCGACAGGGUGUGGGGCGACGAGCAGUCGGACUUCGUGUGCAACACGCGGCAGCCGGGCUGCGAGAACGUGUGCUACGACCACGCCUUCCCCAUCUCGCACGUGCGCUUUUGGGCCCUGCAGAUCAUCGCCGUGGCGACGCCCAAACUCCUCUACCUGGGAUACGUCCUCCACGUCCUCCACGUCGAGAAGAAGUUGAAGGAGCGCAUGCAGAAGCGGGCCGAGCUGGACGACCAGACUUUGCUGUUCCUGCAGCGGAGCUUCAAGAUCCCCAAGUACAUCAAGAGCAACGGAAAGAUAAACAUCCGCGGACGCCUCCUGCGCGCCUACGUGCUCCACCUGGUGGCCAACAUCUUCCUGGAGUCGGCGUUCGUGGUCGGCCAGUACUUCCUGUACGGCUUGAAGCUGGACGCCCGCUACGUGUGCUCGCGCUCGCCGUGCCCCCACCAGGUGGACUGCUUCCUGUCUCGGCCCACCGAGAAGUCGCUGAUCAUCUGGUUCAUGCUGGGGGCCGCCUCGCUCUCGCUGGCCUUGUGCGUGGCCGAGCUGCUCUACCUGUGCGUCAGGGCGGCCAAGGACUGCGCGGCCAGGCGGCGGGACUACACCGUCACGCCCGUCACGCCGGCGACGCCCGCCGCCCGCGCCAAAGCGUACGUGGCGAGGGACGACGCCGGGAUGCAGAACGGCUUCAACGUGGAGCUGGAGCAGCGGGGGCGCAAGUUCGACCUCGGCGGGGCCAACGAGAUGGCGGGAUUGGGGUCGGCGGGUAGAACGGGCGAGGUGCAGAUCUAGGCUGGGUGCGGUGGAUGACCUGGGGGGAAUUUGGACCGGAUCGGUUUUUUGUUGUUGGGAAGGGAGGACGUCCCCCGUGGGUGUGACACCAGGUGGGGCGCGCCAUGCAUUUUGUUUUGUAGUAAUCGUGAUAAAAACAAAGUUCAACCAGCGCAACGGAAAGUGUGGGUGGUGACGCGAUGCUGUCAAUAAAGUUUCUUAUCCA